GAAUUUUCCUAGCCAAAUAAUAUCAAAGCCUUGCCACAACACAAGCCACACAAAUACAAAUACACAAUCCAAACCACUUUCCCUUCUCUUCUCCCCAAUCUCCACAACCCCACAACAUUGCAUAUCUCACAUUAACCCAACAAAACCAAAAACCAUGUUGGAAGAAUCAUUGUCACCCUCGCCAACAUUCUGGGCUGCUCUCUACAGCUGGUUCACUCCCACUGUCUUCUUCCUCCUCCUCCAACUCGUUAUUGCCACCAUUUAUAUCACUUCCACCAUCGCCAAUGCCACCCACAAACACCAACAACCCCAUCAACAGGAUCUUCACCAAGCACAAAACUUUCCACAACCCCACCACCACCAACAACUCUUUAGAUCUCCCUCUGUUUUGCAAAGACUCAAAAGCAUCGAUUUUUACUCUUACCCUUAUAGAUCCCAACAAGAACCUCUAACUCAACAACUUCAAACCUACGAAAAUGAAACCCCACAACUCGUUAGAUCUCCUUCUGUUUUGCAAAGACUCAAAUCUAUUAACCUCUUGAAUUUUCAGUUCCCUAUUCAUCAACCCUUUACUUCAAAACUCACACCCGACGACAACAACAACGACAACAACGUUUUCACUCACGAGAAACGACACGUGGCAGUUAAGGAAAAACACCAAAAACAACAAGAGGAAGACAACGAAGAAGAAGAAGACGAUGAUGUUUUGGGACAUAUAAGAGACAACCUCGGAGGAAACGAAGAGGAUAAUAUUUCUCUUGACGAGGUUUACAUGAAGUUGCAGGGGCAAGGUGGUAAUUUCGCAAGGACGCAUUCGGAUACGAAACCGGAUUCCGGUGAGGUUCCGGUGAAGCUGUCGAGGAAGAUGAAGAAAUCAGCAAGUAAUAAAUCAGCUUUCUCGCAUUUCAAGGAAGAAGACAUUGUGGAGAGUCUCCGGCCGGCCACCGUGAAAGAGAUGAAGGUCGCCGCCAUGGAUGAAGAUGAGUUGGUUGAUGCUAAGGCUGACGAUUUCAUCAACAAGUUUAAGCACCAGCUGAAGUUGCAGAGGAUUGAUUCAAUUAUGAGGUAUAAGGAUACGAUUAACAAAGGAACUAGCAAGUAAAUUAAGAUUAAGACAUAGUAAUUAAUAAUCAUGAUUAUUAUAUUUUGAUUUUGGAGUUGCUGGUUAGUAUAAUUAUUAUUAUUUUGUUAAUUUAGGGGUUUCAUUGUUGAUGUAAUGUAAAAUUAGUGACUUUUUUUUUUAUUUUUAAAAAAAUCUAUUGUUAGUUUGUUACAAGUGAUUUUGUGAAGUGGAAUGCUGAGUGUGUUUGGUUGAUUUCAGCCUCUGAUUGUGGAUGUUGGAAGUUGUUACUUUAUGGUAAUGACCACUUCUUGUUUCUAUUUCUAUAACAGAAUAUUUUCUUGUCAUG